AUGGCAACUUUAGAGCAGCAAGCUUCUAAACUUCUUGAUUUCAACCAAAAAUUGGACAUAACACUUCUUGAUAAUAUCGUUGGAUGUUUAUAUUCCACUGUUGGAGAACAGCAACGUAUUGCCCAAGACAUUUUAACAGCACUCAAAGAACAUCCCGAUGCUUGGACCCGAGUUGAUACCAUACUUGAGUAUUCUCAGAACCAGGAAACAAAAUAUUACGCUCUGCAAAUUUUGGAACAAGUGAUCAAAACUAGGUGGAAAGUUUUACCAAGGAACCAGUGUGAAGGUAUUAAAAAAUACAUUGUGGGUCUGAUUAUAAAGAACUCGUCGGAUCCUGCCACUAUGGAAAGCAAUAAGGUUUAUUUAAAAAAAUUAAAUAUGAUACUUAUUCAAGUCUUGAAAAGAGAAUGGCCUCAUAAUUGGGAGACAUUUAUAAGUGACAUUGUGGGAGCAUCUAAAACUAAUGAGAGCCUGUGUCAGAAUAAUAUGGUAAUCUUAAAACUUCUCAGCGAAGAAGUGUUUGUUUUCAGUACAGGUGAACUAACGCAGACAAAAGCAAAACAUCUAAAAGACAACAUGUGUUCUGAAUUCAGUCAAAUUUUUAAUCUGUGUCAAUUUGUAUUAGAGAAUUCACAAAAUGCACCUCUCGUUGAUGCAACACUUCACACACUUCUGAGAUUUUUAAAUUGGAUUCCUCUUGGCUACAUAUUUGAAAUGAAAUUAAUAAGUACACUUAUUUUCAAGUUUCUGAAUGUUCCAAUGUUCCGCAAUGUUACCCUUAGCUGCCUUACUGAAAUAGCUGGUGUCACAGUAAGUAAUUAUGAAGAGCAGUUUGUUGCUUUACUUGUUCAAACAAUGGAGCAAUUGGAAGUUAUGCUUCCCCUAUCAACUAACAUAAGAGAAGCAUAUGCAGCAGGUCGAGACCAAGAACAGGUUUUUAUUCAAAACCUUGCUCUAUUUCUAUGUACUUAUUUAAAAGAGCAUGGACAAUUAAUUGAAAGGAAGGGCCUCACUAACACUCUCAUGAAUGCCCUCAGAUAUCUUGUAUUAAUAUCUGAAGUAGAAGAUGUAGAGAUUUUUAAGAUAUGUUUAGAAUUUUGGAAUGCCUUAGCUGCUGAUUUGUAUAAGAUAACACCAUGUUCCCAUUCAGUAGGAUUUUAUAGUUUAGGGAAAAAUGUUGGACGAAAAGCAUUGUAUGCCGAUGUUCUGAGCAGUGUUAGAUACAUUAUGAUUUCAAGAAUGGCAAAACCGGAGGAAGUGCUAGUUGUUGAAAAUGAAAAUGGUGAAGUUGUAAGAGAAUUCAUGAAGGACACGGACACUAUAAAUUUAUACAAAAAUAUGAGAGAAACAUUGGUAUAUUUAACACAUUUGGAUUAUCAAGAUACUGAAAGGAUUAUGACUGAGAAACUUCAAAACCAAGUGAAUGGGACUGAAUGGUCCUGGAAAAAUCUGAAUACCCUUUGUUGGGCAAUUGGUUCGAUAUCUGGUGCCUUGACUGAAGAAGAUGAAAAGAGAUUUUUGGUUAUUGUUAUUAAAGAGCUACUGGGCUUGUGUGAGCAGAAAAAGGGUAAAGACAAUAAAGCUAUCAUAGCUAGUAAUAUCAUGUAUGUUGUAGGUCAGUAUCCCCGCUUCUUAAGAGCUCAUUGGAAAUUUUUGAAAACUGUUGUUAAUAAACUUUUUGAAUUCAUGCAUGAAACCCAUGAUGGAGUUCAGGACAUGGCAUGUGAUACAUUUAUAAAAAUCGCUUUAAAAUGUCGCCGUCACUUCGUAACUACGCAAGUUGGAGAAGCUUGUCCUUUCAUUGAAGAAAUUUUAAGUACUAUCAGUUCUAUCAUCUGUGAUCUACAGACGCUGCAAGUUCACACCUUUUACGAAGCUGUAGGUUACAUGAUCAGUGCGCAAGUAGACCAGGUUGCGCAAGAACAGCUCAUUGAGAAGUACAUGUUGCUUCCCAAUCAGGUAUGGGACGAUAUAAUAUCGCAAGCUUCUCAUAAUGUGGACAUCUUGAAAGAUGCUGAGGCUGUUAAACAACUUGUCAGUAUUCUUAAAACAAAUGGUCGAGCUUGUCGCGCCCUGGGCCACCCGUAUGUCGUCCAACUAGGCAGAAUAUAUCUAGAUAUGCUCAAUGUGUAUAAGGUCAUGUCGGAGAAUAUCAGCCAAGCUAUAGCGUUAAACGGUGUGGUAGUGACUAAGCAGCCACUCAUAAAGAAUAUGAGGAUAAUAAAAAAAGAAACUCUUAAACUAAUUUCUAGUUGGGUUUCUCGUUCAACAGAUAACAGUAUGGUAUUGGAGAAUUUCAUUCCUCCCUUACUCGAUGCUGUUCUAUUGGAUUACCAAAGAACUGCAGUGCCUGAUGCAAGAGAAUCGGAAGUUUUAUCCUGUAUGGCGGCAAUUGUUUAUAAACUUGGAGGGCAUAUAACAUCGGAAGUACCGAAAAUCUUCGACGCGAUCUUUGAAUGUACUUUGGAAAUGAUCAAUAAAGAUUUCGAAGAAUAUCCAGAGCACAGAACCGAGUUCUUCUUGUUGUUACAGGCUGUGAACACGCACUGUUUCAAAGCAUUCCUAAGCAUACCUCCGGCGCAAUUUAAAUUAGUGCUUGAUUCCAUUAUAUGGGCAUUUAAACAUACAAUGAGAAAUGUUGCUGAUACUGGUCUUCAGAUAUUAUAUCGGCUGCUUCAAAACGUCGAACUACAUCCCCAGGCCGCGCAGAGUUUCUACCAGACUUAUUUAUGUGAUAUACUGGAACACGUUUUUAGUGUGGUAACAGAUACUUCCCACGGCGCAGGUUUGACGAUGCAUGCUACUAUUCUAGCGCAUAUAUUCUCCUUGGUGGAAACGGGUAGAGUAACUGUUCCUCUGGGUCUCACUCCGGAUAAUAUUCUUUAUAUACAGGAAUAUGUUGCCCGUCUCCUCAAAACAGCAUUCCCUCAUUUGAAUGAUAAUCAAAUUAAGAUUACCGUUCAGGGACUUUUCAAUUUGGAUCAAGACAUACCAGCCUUCAAAGAUCAUCUCAGAGAUUUCUUAGUUCAAAUUAGAGAGUACACUGGUGAGGAUGACAGCGAUCUAUUUUUGGAAGAACGGCAGUUCGCUCUCAGCAAGGCACAGGAGGAGAAGAGAAGGGUCCAGUUAUCUGUGCCAGGGAUUAUCAACCCUCAUGAAUUGCCGGAGGAAAUGCAGGAUUAA